UCCACUUGGGUUAUAGGAACCCAAAUGGCCGUCUAAGGACCAGGUGCUCUGAGCUGAGGUUGCAGGGGCGUGGGAACCACUGAAGAACCGGCCCCAGAACGUGAGAGCGCAGGGCAUCUGCCAGGAUUCCCGGAGAGCUGCAGAACCUCCGGCGCGGGACUGCUGUGUCGGGCUCUCUGAAGCAGCGCUGCAGCUCUGCUUACGCUGCGGAGAGCGACCAAAGGUAAAGCCUCUGCUCUCCACACUCCCACCUCCCUCCCAAAAAACUCUCAACAGUCCUUGAUGGUUUAUGACACGCCCCCAGUGGCUCCCGUGCACCUUCGCCCAGGCAGCCAACAUCAAGCUCUCUUUUCAGGACCGCGCCAGGUGUUGUUUCUGCCCGCAGAGCAAGCAGGUGUCUCGGAGGUCUGGGUCGACUAAGAGCGCAGCUGGGUCGCCGCAUUUUCCAGUUCAGGCACCAGGGUGGGCCGGACUGCAUUUCCCAGGGGCCUUGGCGCGCACUUCCGCUUCCGGCCCCUUUGUCUGGACCCGCUCUGCGCACGGCGAGCGUGUGCCCUCGCGGUCAACCUUUUCUGUGACCUGACCCACGUCUGGUCUGGGGAGGAGCAGACGCUGGACAGGGGUGUGUGUCCAGCAGGGGAUUGUCAGACUUGGGGGCCUGGUCGCGUCCCACUGGGUUUCUCCCCGGGCCUGCUGAUCUGACCGUAAUCCCCUCUGCUGGAGGCUGGGUGGUGCCCUUCUGCGUUCAGCCCCCUUGAUCCUGCCCUUCUGCUCUGGGUUUUGUGUGUACCUGACAGUGGUGUGUGCGCGGGAUUAAUAUCUGAGACACCGGGUCCUUUCCUCGGAAACAGGGUGAGGGUCCGCACAGCCUGAAGCGCUUGGCUGGAAGGUGAGGCAGUUUGGGCGCAAGGCUCCCAGUGCUUGGGUCAGGUUAGAGACCCACGCGUGUGCGCCCCUGUGUUCCUGCAACCCACAGUGUGAUGAACCAUUGUAUAGACUCAGUUAACGUGGGAGGGCGUGGAUGCAAGAGAUCAGUCCGUCUACGUUGCCAGAAAGUGAUACUGCUCGGGGAUGUGACCCUAGGCAAGUCACUGGACUCGGUGCCUCCUGUUCCUUAUUUGUCAAAUGAGGUUUACUGUUCCUACCUUAAGUGGUGGUUGUGAGGAUUAAGUGGAAUUCUGAUAUAAAACAGUUGACACAGUGCCAGGCACCAACUAAGGGCUCAGUCAAUAGCAGUACAAGGAGGGGGCAGCCAUCUUGGGGAAGGGGCGUGCCUGGGAGUAUGAUCAAACAUUGAUUAUACCUUUUGUUUGCAUAAAACAAAGGAUAGAAGGAAAACCCAUUAAAAUCUUGGGUGGUGUUGAUGUGUCGAAAAUAGUGAGAAUGCUAAUUAACUGAUAAUUGAAUGACCUUUACUGAGUGCUUAUUCUGUACCAGGUAUUGAUUUGGGCCCUUUAUAUGCAUUGAUUUGGGUCCUUUAUAUGCAUUAAUGCACAAUGCUGGAGGUAGGUAUGUCUAUUAUCCUAUUUUUCAAACGAGAAAACUGAAGCACAGAAGAAACUGGCCUGUGGUCAUGCGGAGCCAUGUUAAAAGCAGGCAGGAGGACUCUGGAGGCAAUGUUCAGUGAGAAAGCGGUGCAGGUGGCAUAGAUUUUUAAAAAUUGUGAAACCCUGUACUGCUUAUAAUGACUGAGGACGUGAAAUACCUACUUCUUCCCCAAACAAAUCCAUAAGAGGCUGUAAGUAUUGCUUUUGGGAGUGGGGGAGGGGGAGAAUUAAAGAAAUAAUAAACUAUAGAAUAUUGGGAAAACACAGAACUAUACAUGGAAUAAAAUAAAUAGCAUGUAACUCUAACACCCAGAGACAAGCUCAAAGAAGUACUCAAAGUUAAUAUAUCAGCAGUUUUCUUCCUAGAGGCAAAAAAUCAAAAUGGGAAAGUAAAUUGUGAGCAGAAGUUUGCUUGAUGGGUGUGGAAUCAGACAAAGGGAGGUAGGUGGAUUGUUCAUUAAUUCGCUUACAACACCUUGAGCUUAUUGCCUGCCAGGCACACUCUGCUGAGUGCUGAGGGUACGGGGGAAUGAGAUGACACACUGCAAUUUAGUGGAUCAGGUGUGUGGUGGAACCAACCUGGGAAGGCUGCAGACUUAUUGUGGGCCUGGAAUGCUCGUGAUCUGGUGGCCGAAGGUCCCUGUGCCCUUGAUUGCUGGGAAGGGCACUGCCUCCGUGGCUCCUUUUUCUUGUUCUGUGAAGUUGUACAGUUUCUCCAUUUGUGAAUCAAGGAUUUGAGGCUAGAAUUCUUUGUUUCCUUCCAAUCCUGACAGUCUGUGCCUUUUUUUUGGUCACGGGGAUCCUCAUUCUCAGAGCACAGGCUCAGGCAUAUCCUGAAACCACUUACUGGUCAUUUCUUUCCCUGAGUUUACAUUCAGUCUCCUCUGAAGUUAUCUUUGAAGCCUCAUUACUUAGAUGUCUGUGGAAUCCUUCAAACCAUAGGACAACCAAGGCUAGAGGCACAUUUUGUCCUAAGUGGCUGUUUCUAAUCUAAUAGGCCUGAGAUACAUAACAAUAAACUGGAUUCCUUUAUUACUCUUUCCUUCCAGCUCUGUCAUCCAGGCACUCUGCCUUUUCCCAAAAGGGUAUCUUGAGGGGAGAAUAUGGCUGCUCUACUCCAGACAGCAAAGUCCCAGGUGUGGCUGUGAACUUCACUGAGGAAGAAUGGAGAGAACUGGACCCUGCGCAGAGAGUCCUGUACAGGGAUGUGAUGCUAGAGAACUAUAGGAACCUGGUCUCCUUGGGAUUUCCAUUUUCUAAACCUGGUAUCAUCUCCCGAUUGGAACAAGUGGUAAACCCAUGGAUGCAGGAGGGAGAAGUGCUAAGCAGCAGCUGUACAUACUUGGAGACCAGAAAGUCAAAACCAAAGAAAGUAUUUUCUGAAAAGGAAUCAUACCAGAGGAUAAAUAUGGAGAGAAGCACAGAGGCUGAUGCAAGGACCUCCAGUCUGAAAGAGGCCUGGGGAUGUACACAGAUCAAAGAGGGUGCUCAAGAUAGACUCUGCAAAGAAGCAACAGUUAUCUGCAAGAAAAGAACUUCAAUAGCAGAUAGUAGCCCCAAAUAUAUUGAAUUUGCCAGACAUGUUAGUCUGAAGUCAGACUUUGUUAUACAACCAAGACAUUCUAAAGAAGAGAGACCUUAUACAUAUGAUGCUCAGGGAAAGAGCUUCAAACAGAAUUCAAAAUUAGCCAGACAUCAGAAAGACAGCACAAAUGAAAAAGUUCUUCAGUGUAAUGAAUGUGGUAAAAUCUUCAGUGAUUACUCAGUUUAUAUUCAACAUUGUAUAGUUCAUACUGGAGAGAAAGAUUUGGAAUGUAAUCAAUAUGAGAAGGCCUUUGGUCAUGGUGUACACCACACUGAACAUCAGAAAACUAAUAUUGGAGAGAAGUCUUAUGAAGCUAGGAAAGCCUAUAAGUGGAACUCCUAUCUUAUCAAACAUCAUGAGAGUGUUCAUAGUGGGAAGGAAUAUAAUGUGCAUGAAAGAGCCUCAAUUCAGAAUACACCAUUUAUUCAACAUCAGAGAAUCCAGAAUAGAGAGAAACCUUAUGAAUGUAGUGAAUGUAGAAAAACUUUCAGUAAUUAUUCAGCCCUUACAGUACAUCAGAGAAUUCAUACUGGAGAGAAACCAUAUGAAUGCAAUGAAUGUGGGAAAGCCUUUAAUCACACGUCAUCUCUUAUUCAACACCAGAGAAUCCAUAUAGGAGAGAAACCCCACGAAUGUAAUGAAUGUGGGAAGGCUUUUAUUCAGAUAAUGCACUUUAUUCAACACCAGUGGAUUCAUACUGGAGAGAAACCCUAUGAAUGUAAUGAAUGUGGUAAAGCCUUCAGUCACAAUUCAUUCCAUAUUGAACAUCAGUUUAUUCAUACUGGAGAGAAGCCCUAUGAAUGCAAUGAAUGUGGGAAAUCCUUUAGUCACAACUCUUCCCUUAUUGUCCAUCAGUUUAUUCACACUGGAGAGAAACCCUAUGAAUGUAAUGAAUGUGGCAAGGUCUUCAGUCAGAGCUCACACCUCUAUCAACAUCAGAGAACUCACACUGGAGAGAAACCUUAUACCUGUAAUGACUGUGGGAAAGCCUUUAGUGAUCAAUCAGCCCUUAUUCGACAUCACAGGACUCAUACUGGAGAAAAACCCUACAAGUGUGAAGAAUGUGGUAAAGCCUUUAGUCAGAGCUCAACUCUCAUAAAACAUACAAAAAUCCACACUGGAGAGAAACCCUACACCUCUAAAGAUUGUGGGAAAGCCUUCAGCCAGAGUUCAUCCAUUACUCAGCAUCAGAGGGUUCAUACUGGAGAGAAACCAUUUGAAUGUCAUGAGUGUGGGAAAGCUUUCAGUAGAAGUGCCCAUCUUACUCAGCAUCAGAGGAUUCACACGGGAGAGAAACCUUGUGAGUGUAAUGAAUGUGGCAGGGCUUUCAGGUGUAGUUCAGCUCUCAUUAGGCAUCAGAGACUUCACAGUGGAGAGUCACUCUGAAUAUGUGGACAUAUUCACUCAGACACUUCACUUUGUUAAAUACCAAAGAAUCAUACUUUCACAGGUUGUUACAAUUGUGAUACUUUUUUAUUUUGAGGGAUGAAAAUGCCCUCCCCCCAUUUUCUCCUGAAAAGUAUCAGCUGCCAGAAUACCACAAAUCCAAGUGAAGAAACACUGAUCUGAAAUCUGAAAUAGCCCAAGAUACUCUAAACAUCAAUCUUUGUGUGUGUAUGUGUGUAUUUUUAUCCAUACCUGAAAAUGGCUAUUGUCACUGGGAAGUGAUUUCUUUUUUUCUUGGCCACAGGAAUAAGCUGUUCCAACAUGCCAAGCAAUUCCAAUUGUUCAGAAUUGAGCUUAUUGACCCUUUUUGUACAAAUUGGAAUAGUGCCAUGUCCAAACUAAACAGAGAAACUCAUGGUUGAUUAUAUAUCAUAAUACUACCUUCCUAUAAAUCUUUGCUCUUAUAUACAGUCACUCCUACCCUCAGCAUCUACCCUCCUGUAGAUAGCUAUUGUCUGUUUUACCUUGUCCCAAUUUUUUGUGAUCACCCCACAGAGGCAAGAUGGACUCCCUCCCAAUGAAUAGGCCAGUUGUUGAGACUGAUGACACUUCACGCACCAAGAGAAUUUGAAAGAAAGUAUUACUCAUACGAAGGACUUUUGAGCAGAGCAGGGUAGGCACAGGCCAGACUGGAAUGGCAAGUGCAAAGAGCAGGUUGGGCCUUUUCAGUGGCUAGGGGCUAGGGCUAGAGAAGUUUCCAUGCACGGCAGUGGUAUUCAAGCUUGCAGGAGUCAAGCUCCAGUGCCAAGAGCUAAGGAGGUACACACAGGCUUCCUUAUCUAAAGUACGAGAUGUCUGGUGGUGGGGAAGCAAGGUGGAAGCUCAAAUGCUGUCAAUGGGCAGACAUCAGAAAUGGAGUCAGACUCUAUUACAACCACUUCCUCAGAAAAUCUUUGUUCACUUAUCUCAAAAUAACUCUUUAAUGGUACUGCGUUUUUUCUUGAUGAAGAAUCUAUUUUGCUUUGAUCAUCUUCCCCUUCCGAGAAUCUUUUUUCUUUACCCUCUCCCCAAGGCUUAAAUUAUAACUAUCACUUCUCAGAAAGUCAACCUUAUUUACCCUGGAAACUGACAGCCUUCCAUGGUAACUGCUGUUUCAUACAAUCCGGACUGAAGAGUUGGGGGAAGGUUUGAGCUUACGUUUUUAGAAAACAUUUCAGGAAAAAAAUAACCUACGAAUUUGUAUCAGACUAUCUCUGGAUUAAAUUACUUGGCUUUUCUGAUGAAAAUUCCUGUAUAUGGCCCUAAGAAAUUUUAGGUGUACUUAGUGAAGCCAGGUAUUACUUUUUGGUCACACUGUGAGUUCUUUUCUUUCAAGUCAUCCUAAGCUUAAAUUAAUCUUAUGGUCCUUUUUUAGGUUUACAUGAAUUAUUUCCUCUUCCUUUUUUCUUUGUUCUAGGCAUUUUUCAGUUACCCAAGAGGAUUCUUAUCUAGGAUUAGAGUCUCAACUUUCUCAUAUCCUUCCUGAUUUACUAGUCAGAACCUGAGAUGUCCAUGCUUUGUAUUUUUCUCUCUAAAAGGGCUGCUCUGAACUUGCCCUUCUCACCAGCUUUCCUACCCUUCUCUUCUGUUUAAAGCACUUACAUGGUGUCAGCUACAGCUUGAAGUUCAACAGGGCUUGAGUUUUAGGGCUGAGGAGCACAACUGCAGGUAGAGAAGAAAGGAUUUUUGUUCUGAAAAUUAGCUGUAAGACAAAAUAAAGGAAUGGUGACAUCUGGAAAUAACUUUUGAAAUACCUGAAAUCUUUAGUAACUUUUAGAAAUUGAAAAGGGGAAAAAAGAGUCAUCUAUAAGUGUCCAUCAUUAGAAUCAGACCUCUUAAAAUAAUGUUUGUUAACAACUUAGAUAGCAAAGCCCUCUCAUAACCAAUUGUUCCCUGGAGCCAGUUAGCUUUGGUUGUGGGUAAACCUUUGCCAUUCCUUCAGAGGCAUCGGGUAUGAUAACCUGGUUUAGAACUAAAAACUCAGGACAGGUGUCCUUGAACAAGAGGACUGUCCUUGGACGGGUGGAUUGCAUAAAUUGGUGGAUUGCACUGUAGUGAAUUGGUUUAAUUCUAUUUGUAGUCAAAAUAUAGUUUGGAUACUGAAAUAUUAAAAUUUAUAGGGCAUGAUGGUAACAAGAUAGUUGAAAUCAGAACAUUUCCAGAAAUGUUAUGACUGUUUUGUUUUAAUCUGUGCCAUUAAUAGUAGGAUCUAUGCUUUUACUCUUUUCUUGGAUCUUUCUUACAGGAUCCUCUUAAAUGCUAUCCAUACUUCCCCUCUUGUUAGAGACUAUAAUCCCUCUCCUUUUAUUACUUAAGCUAAAGCUCUGUGUGUGUGUUUGGUUAAGGCAAGAUCUUGGGGUGGUGAUGGUGAAUUUUGGAGUUUGAUUUAAAGGUUUAGAUAAUACUUUUUUUUUUGAUAUUUUGAUCUCUUUUUGGUAGGUAAUCUGGAUUCUUCAGUUUUUAAGUCAUGCAAAUCAAAAUUUCUAAUUUAUAUGGUUAAAACUGCUUAUGCUUGACUGACCUGGGUUCAGUGAAGGGAAAAUUAAUUUACAUGUCACAUCUGAAAUCCCUCCAGGCAGCUUGGGUGUUUUUCAC